UAACGUCGCUAUUUACGUGGAUAGAUCUGUCUCCCUCACGCACCGGAACGUGACGGAAUACAGCAAAAUGCCCGACAUGUAUCAAAUGGACGACUUCGAUACCUGUGUGAUGGAACCGGGCGGGACCUACUGUCUCGUCGACGCUGACCUCUACUCCAAGGAACACUCCGACCUCAUGGUGAUGAUACAGGAAUACUCAGAAAAUACAAGAAAACAUUACAAUCACACAAAAAUACAUCGCGCUCUGUGCGUUCGGACGACUUGCAAGGAAUUCAUCAAAAACCGAAGUUUAGAGAACGAAGAUGAUCUUAAAUUAAUCCUUGAGGAAUGUGUUGACGAUUCCUUGUGGAAAGGACACAAGCUACACGCCAGAUUAACCGAAGUGCUAUACUGCAAGAGGCACGGAGAUAAGCGGAGCUUUAGCGCUGGCGAUUACAUCAUGGCGGCCGUUUAUUUGGUCCUGAUCAUACUGAACGCUGUCGGGACUUCGUAUGACAUUAUUAACGGUGAUGCUGCAGAUAAUCCAUGCUUAUUGGCGUUCUCCUUGCGGCGUAACUGGCGAAAGCUGAUAGCACCCGGUGGGGUUGGGUCCGAGCCCAGGCUCAACCGGCUUAAGAUCAUCAACGGAUUAAGAUCUCUGACGAUGGUUUGCGUGUUCUUUUCGCACUCCGUCUUGGUGCUUAUUGUUUUUUACCUCAAGAACCCCUACUUCGUCGAAAACAUGUUCAACGACCCCACCAAAUACAUUCUUCUCAACGGCACACUAGUGACGUAUACAUUCUUCGUAAUGUCCGGUUUCCUACUGGCGUUCAACUUUGAGCUGCAUGCCGAGAAACACCGCGUCAGCCUGUGGGAGUGGCCCAAGGGGAUGAUCCUACGGUGGCUGAGGCUAACCCCGACCUACGCGCUAAUCAUGUUCACUGUGAUGACGCUGAUGCGGCACCUGGGGGACGGGCCGCAGUGGGAGCUGGUGGUGACCAGUGAGUCGGACGCCUGCCAGAAGCAUUGGUGGGCUCAUCUGCUCUACAUACAUAAUUAUUUGUGGGAGGACAUGCCUUGCUUUCCGCAGUCUUGGUACCUGUCAGCGGACACGCAGCUGUUCGGGCUAGGUCUGCUAGUCUGCAUCUUGUGCCGGAAGCCGCGCACGCAGAUGCUUGCGCUGGGGUUGCUACUGACAGCCUCGCUGGCUAUCACCGCCGCGCACACCUACUUCCAGGACCUGGGCGCUGUUGUACACAACUCCCCUGAAUCACUCCGCACCUACUUUCGAUACAACAAGGAGUUCCAGAUAAUCUUCGUGCGCGGACACACGAACAUGUCCACGUACGUGCUGGGCAUCGCCGGCGGACUACUCGCCUACCACUGGCUCAACAACGAAAAAGCUGUCUCUGAACGGCUAAAGAAAUACGCCUGGCUAAUAUGGCUUUCGGUGCCUAUCGGCGUGAGCGUUAUCCUGUCCGGCGGCAUCUUCUACAUGGACGACUUCGAGCCGUCCACCUUCGUGCGAGUGGUCUACGCUACCAUCCACAAGCCCAUCUUCCAGCUGUGCAUAGUCGUGAUGAUCAUAAGCGCCAUCUUUAAGGUCGAAAACGUGCUACGCUGCCUCCUUGAAUGGCGGGGCUUCACAUGGACAGGGCGCGUGGCGUACGCUGGCUUCCUUGUGCACUCCACGUUCCAGCGCGCGCUCGUGGGCACGGCCCGUCUGCCUGCCUACAUGUCUGACUAUAAUGUGAUAAUAAUCCUGACAGCGACAGUGUUCCUGUCGUUCGGCACAGGCGCGUUGCUGUUUGUGGCAGUGGAGUCGCCGGUGGCCGCGCUACUCAAGGCCGCGCUUGCGCCCCGGAGAACUAGAGCUAAGGAGAUUAAGGAGCAACCCACUGAAGAUGCCGCUACUGAUGUUACCACUAAAGUCUAACAAUUGCCAAAGUAACUAAAUUGACAUUGUGAAUAUUGUGAUGCCCGAUCAAUGACGUUAUUAUGCGAUAUAUGACCCUAACUGUUCUGUUGUUAGCUUUAGAUACUAAAAUUAUAGUUCAAUAGUACCUCUACUUCCUAAGGGUUUAGAGUACAUGUUUUGUAUUUGCUUUGGGCAAUUUAGCUGCAUAGAUCAAUGUAAUUUGAGCAUAGAUUUAGAAUUAUUAAACUAGAUCGUGGAAUCACAUUUUUUGCCAUACUAAAUUGAACCUUAUCACUGAGAUAGAAAGGUGAUCGUAUCAGACUAGCGAAAACGGUCCACAUGA